ACAUCCCCAAAAGUGAAGGCAAAACAUUUGGAGCCCCCUGGUGGCUGACUGCAGCACAGCCACAGUGGUGCAUGCAGAUGCAGUGGCCUUAUUACCGAAACACCUGUCACCUGUGUAUGAGUAUGAGUUAACGUAAAAAUAACCACGCUACAAUGCCAAAAGCUCACAAGUUCCAUGUAAAUCUGAAAUUACAGUGGAAGGAAGUAAAACUCUUGCGACAAAAGAAAACACGGUCAUUCAUCUUUGCGUUGCUUUCUGCAAUAAAAUGUCCAAAAAUGACUAGUUAAGUUGUGCAACACACAUUAAAUGUUUUCAACAAUGUUCACAAAAAUCCAUCAUUUUAUUCAAGGUAAUGAAACAUUUUCUUUUGGCCGCUGUCACCAUAACUUUUCGGAGACGGUCAUAAAUGAACCUGGCAAACUUGACUAAACGUAACAUGACGAAAAGCAUUAAAGCUUUUCCUCGUCUGUGAAUAGUUCCGCUUGAGUCACGUCAGAUGGACUUUUAUCAGCAGCGGCGGAUGUUUAAUAAUCAACGACUGCCUUGAUUGCUUUUCCGCAACAGAAAUUACAUUGUGUGGAUUUAAUUAAUUCAUUUACCAACACGGUGGACGUAUUAAUCAGUUGAAGAGAUAUUAGAGAAACAAGGUUGUCACGUUUUGCUCAAUUCCAGUCCAAUGCCAUCCUAAAUCACUGAUUUAUAAUGUGUAGGACUUAUUUCUGAUGACUUGGGAGCGUGGAGCACCGUCAGCACAAACAAUGGGAUGGGCUGUGCCUGUAAACAGAGUUCAAAAUGUCGGCAGUCGCUGAGGUAGCUGGAGUGACUGGCGUUGAAUGGGAGCACUUGGAAAUCCGUCCUUGACACGGUCAUUUUAAACUCAGGACAUCGUAUGAUAAAACUGGUUACACUCUUCUGGACCUCAGCCAACCAGCUCAGGUAAAACGUAUUAUUAUGUGAAUGCAGACUGUGUACGCGUUGACAUAUUUGGCGUGCAGGCACCUUGUCACCUCCCUGCAACGACACACCAGGCUUAGCACAGCAGAGAGUGCAAGAUUCACAAGAUGAAGGGCUUUGUUACCAUGGAGAACGUGAUUCUGAGCAUCCUUCCAAUGCUUUGAACCUUCCAGCUCUGAGAUACGGGGUUCAGGUCAGAAUGUUCCAGAACCAGGUUCCUCUGCUACCAGGAGAAACUGUCCAAAUGACAGUCAAGGACGUGAUGUAUAUUUGUCCGUUCAGCGGCCUGGUUAAUGGAACCCUGACCGUCUCAGACUACAAGCUCUAUUUCGCCAGCGUGGAAAGGGAGUCUCCUUUCAUUCUUGAUGUGAACUUGGCGGUCAUAAGCAGACUGGAGACCAUCAGCGUUCCCAACCAGGGAGAAAACACCAAAGGACUGGAGCUGGUCUGCAAGGAUAUGAGGAGUCCCAGGUUUGCUUAUAAGACAGAGGAAGGGAACCCAGAUGUGGUGGAGGUGCUGAGCAAACAUGCCUUCCCCCUCUCUCACGACCUGCCACUGUUUGCCUUCCUGUACAACGAUCAGUUUCCUGUAGAUGGCUGGAAAGUAUACGACCCCACAGCGGAGUACAGGCGUCAGGGGCUACCCAAUGAGAGCUGGACCAUCAGCAAGAUAAACAGCACCUAUGAGCUGUGUGACACCUAUCCCUCCAUCCUGGUCAUCCCCACCAACAUCACAGAUGAAGACAUAAAACGAGUGGCUGUGUUCAGAGCCAAGCACCGCAUACCGGUCUUGUCCUGGAUUCAUCCGGAGUCUCAGGCCACCAUCGUACGCUGCAGCCAGCCGUUAGUCGGACCUUCGGACCGUCGCUGUAAAGAGGACGAGCGCUUCCUGCAAAUCAUCAUGGAUGCCAACGCCCAGUCCCACAAGCUCACCAUCUUUGAUGCUCGACAGAGUAGUGUAGCAGUAACCAACAAGGCAAAGGAUGGAGGCUAUGAAAGUGAGAGUUUCUACGCAAACGUAGAGCUGAACUUUCUGGAAAUCCCCAACAUCCAUGUAAUGAGGGAGUCUCUGAGGAAGAUGAAGGAUGUGGUUUAUCCCACCAUAGAUGAAGCUCACUGGCACUCGGCUAUUGACCAGACACACUGGCUGGAGUACAUACGGCUGUUACUAGCAGGAGCGGCAAAGAUAGCUGAUAAGCUGGAGUCUGGGAAGACAUCAGUGGUGGUCCAUUGCAGUGACGGCUGGGACAGAACCUCUCAGCUCACCUCUCUGGCCAUGCUGAUGCUGGACAGUCACUACCGCACCCUCAGAGGAUUCCAGGUUCUGGUGGAGAAGGAGUGGAUUAGUUUUGGACAUAAAUUUGCUGCUCGUGUGGGCCACGGUGACGAGAACCAUGCUAACUCGGAACGCUCGCCUCUCUUCGUCCAGUUCAUCGACUGUGUUUGGCAGAUGACUCGACAGUUCCCAGCUGCCUUUGAGUUCAAUGAGUUGUUCCUCAUCACAGUCUUGGACCACCUCUACAGCUGUCUGUUUGGUACAUUCCUCUAUAACAGUGAACAGGAGAGAGCAGCCAAGGAGGUGCAGACAAAUACGGUGUCCCUGUGGUCCUACAUUAACAGCCAACCUGAGGACUUCACCAACCCCUUCUAUGUGGACUAUGAGCACCAUGUUCUGUACCCGCUGGUUUCCUCCAGACAUCUGGAGCUGUGGAGCAGCUACUAUGCCCGCUGGAACCCUCGCAUGAGACCACAGGUGCCAGUGCACCAGACUCUGAAGGAUCUGCUGAUCCUCAGAGCAGAGCUGCAGAAGAGAGUGGAGGAGCUGCAGAGAGAGGCCUCCUCCCACUCCCUGUCAUCUUCCUCUGAACACUCCCCCUCCCCCACACACACCACAGGAACUCCACUGCACACUGCUGUCUGACAAACGCACACAGACACGCAUGUUGGAUGCAUGUUUUAGCCUAAUUACCGCAAAUACUGAGGCUAACACUUGUUUACAAUGUGAGGGAGGCUUCACAAUAUAAUAAUAUAAUUUUAUAUUAACAUUCCUAAAUAAUUUUUUUGCGAUGUUAAAAAGAAGUAUUUCAAGGAAGUAUUACAACUAGCCUUUAACAACUGUCAGAGAUUUAAUGAAACUCUUAUUAUUAUUUGUAUUAUUCAAACAGUAAGGCAGACCAACUCACCCUGAAGUGUGUGAUCCUUUCAAGUCAGCCACGACCGCACUCGACUUGAUUCGCAGUUCCAUAAAGUUGCCACCGGUUUUAUGUACAGUGUUUUAUUGUUGUAAAAAGAAUUGUUACUCUUUGUCUCAGGGCUGUGUUAUUCACCUAACUGCAGAAGACUGCCAGUGAUGUUACAAAUCACUGCAGUUACCAGUCGUGUUAUAUGAUAUAUUAAAACCACUGCAUGAUAUCUCA